AUGGUUUUGAAUUUGAUCUCGGACUUCGUGCAGGAGGCGAUGCCCAAGAGGCGCGAGGACGUGGCGCCGUUCCUGCAGCGCGUCGCCGUGUGGUUCACCGUCACCAAGGCCGUCCAGGUGACCAAGCGCGUGGUCAUCGACGACAUCAUCGCCACCAGGAUCGUCGGGGGCCUCGUCGCUGCUAAGCGGAGGAUCAAGACGCGCAAGCGCAGGGACGCCAAGCUCAAGGAGCUGCGCUCCCAGCUCAAGCGAGGACACAAUUCCCUCCGAGGGGGAGGCGCGGACGACGGCGGAGCGUCCCUCGGGGCGUCCCUCGGGGCGUCGCCGAUGGCCCGACGCGCCCGCGAGCUCGGCGUGGCGGACAGGCACGCGAACGCCGAGGACGUCGAGAACGACCCGCGCUGGCUCUCCGGCGAGUACGACGACGGCCAAAAGCAAAUCGCGCGAGACGAGGAGGUUGCCGCCGCGGCGCUCGACGAGGUCGCGAUGGCGCUCGCCAUGGAGGGCAGCAACGGCGAGUCGCGACGUCUCGCGGGCAUGGCCGUCAAGGUGGCCGCGCUGAGCCCGCCUCGGAGGUCCUUCGGCUCUAACGCGGGGAGCUUCUCCUUUGCGCGAUCCCCGCGAUCGCCGGGCCCGAGCGCGAGUCCAGCGUACCUCGGUUCGGCCGGUCGAAGGCGUCGAUCGAUGCACCCGGACGAUUACGCCGAGGACGCGCUCGCCAUGGCCAACAUGGCGAUAGCGAUGGGCGACGAUACAGACGGGGGAUUCACCGACGACGAGGAGGCGGAGCAGCUCGCGCACGUUCGCGCCGCGGCGAAGCGAUCGGCGGAGCUUGCUCGGUCAAUCACCGAGUCCCUCUCGCCGAGAAAGCCGCGGCGGGAGAGCCCGCACGGCGGUUGGCGGGGCGGCUCGCGCGACUCGCGUAACUCCGUAUACGCCCGCACGCCCCCCAUGCGAAACACGGACGCGCGGGCGUCCCACGAUUUCGACUCCCCGCGCGGGACACCCAGGCCGCGGCAUCGUCGCGAGCCCGUCUCGCCGUCGCCGAACGCGUCCACGCCAUCCGCCACGUCGACGCCCGCACAGCUGUCUCGACCGCACAGCAGGUCCAGGAGCAGGAACACGACGGCGGCAGGGGACGACGACGACGGCACGGGCAGCGAGUCGGGGUUCGAGUCCGCGGUGAACUCCCCCGCCGGGUCGCGAUCGAGCUCGCGGGGUCCCGGCAACUCGCGGCUGAGCUCGAGCUCGACGGAUGUCUUCGACGGCGUCGGGCGUCGUUCGUCGGACGCGAGGUCGCCGGAUACCCCCGCGACCGACUGGCCGCGCGGUCGCGCCGGUGCGAGCGACGCGACGCCGACCGCGUCCGGACGGGGCGUCGAGAACGGUCCGGGGAACGGUCCGGACGCCGACGAGGAUUCGGGUUUCGAGACGGGCGCGAGCGAACGCGAGGCGCUGACGCACCGACCCGCGCGCCGGCGGCUUCGAAUCGACGAGCUCGAUGAAGACGAAGGCCAAGUCAAGGCGGACACCACGUUUGUCGGGGCGGUGGAUGAUGUCGACGGGGACCCUUGGCGCCCCAGCGGCCUCCCCGCCACGCUUCGUCUGGAGGUUCUCUCCGGAAGCGCGUGGGGAAGUUCCUUUGGCGCUCCGCCCGGCGUCGAGUCGGCGACGAUCGGUCGGCUUCCCGAUAACGACCUGCAGCUGCCCAACGGCGAGGUGUCCAGCUUCCACGCGGAGGCGAGGUGGUUCUGGUUCGACUCCGAGGUGGCGGAGGAGGGCGGGGACGUCGGGGAGUGGCGCGUCGCGGAUCUUGGGUCGACGAACGGGACGUUUCUCAACGCCGAGGCGCUCAGGCCCAGGCGCUGGUUCCCUCUGCGGGACGGCGACAGGGUUCGGCUGGGGGAACGCACCGACUCCCCCACCGUGCACGUGGGCGUGACUCCAACCUCCCACAGCGCGGUCAGCGGCGGUGAACCCCCCAUCGCGCUGCGAAGCGCGUCGCGAUCGUCCCCGGGCAAGCCGCCGAGGAUGGAAGAUCGCGUCCUCGCGGAGUGCCCGCUUCGCGGCCACUCGCAGGUUGCGCUCUUCGCGGUGUUCGACGGACACGGCGGCCACGAGGCGGCGGUUCGCGCCAAGCAGUCCCUGCCCGCGGCCGUGGCGAGGCUCUUGGGGGGUAGGACGCCCUCGGCGCGGGGAUGCGAGCGCGUUUUAUCCGAGGCGUUUGCCGAGUGCGACGCGGCGAUGUCGUGCGAGUACGAGGGUUGCGCCGCGACGGUGAUGCUCGCGUGGCGUGAACCGAGCACCGGGUCGCUGUACGUGCAGACGGCGAACGCGGGCGACUGCCACGUGGCGUUCGGGCGCGCCAAGAACCCGGGUUCCGGCCGCGGCGCCAAGUUUCUGACCAAGGAGCACCGGGUGACGUCGCCGGAGGAGCGCGAGCGAUUGCGCUCGAGGCACGGGAUCAAGCUCCCGCGCGGCGCUCGCAGGCUGCACGGCCUCGCGCUGACCCGCACCCUCGGCGACUCGUUCCUGAAGCGCGAAAGGGUCGGGAUCAUCGCGACGCCCGACGUGUCACCGCCCGUGGAGGUGUCGACGGGCGACGGGUGGGACGUCGCGGUGCUCGCCACGGAUGGGCUCUGGGACGUGUGCUCCGCCGAGCACGCGAUGGGGGUCGCCGGGAAGGCGUCGAGCGGUGAGGACCAAGGGAAGGACGGGUCCGGGCGGAGGAGGAUCGGGGUCAACCCGGCGGCGGCGGCGGAGACUCUGGUGGCGCACGCGAGGCGGAGGAAGUCCAAGGACGACACCGCGGUGCUGGCGGUGCGGCUGGAGUUGUGA